AUGGCAACAGCAAAUACAAAUCAGGGAGGAUCCCCGGAGGAGUCAAGCGUUCCCUCUGAGAACUACUCGUUGAGGUCCGAAGACUCGAGGCUGGGGUCUGAGGAAUCCAGAAGGAGGUUGUCGGGCCCCACGGUCUCCUGGGAUUCAGAGCUGGCUUCCAUCAGGCACAGGUUAAAGUUUGUGUUGAAGCUGAAGGAGGAAUUUGUUUGUCCAAUCUGCAGAGGGGUGGUGCUCAAUCCCCAGCAAAACUCCUGUGGUCACAUCUACUGCUUCCACUGUCUCCAAGGACUAUUGGAGAGUUCAUCACCGUCCAACCCAGUUUGCCCAGUGGACAGAGCUGUGAUCACACCAACUGAGGUUUUCCUGGAUAACUGCUGCAAACGUGAAAUUUCCAGUUUAGAAGUGUACUGCACCAAUGCCCCAGCAUGCACGACUAUUUUCACAUUAAACAAUCUGCAGGAGCACCUGAAGUCAUGUCAGUAUGAGCAGGUGCAAUGCACCAAUACAAGCUGCAUUGCAGUGUUACAGAGGAGGCACUUGCAAGAACACCUGACCAACAUCUGUCCAUACCGCAGGGAACCCUGCCCACACUGCAGGCAGCUGUUCCAGCUCAGCCUCAUUCAGGAUCAUGUGCAGAGCUUGUGUCCAGAUGUGAAGGUAGACUGUCCUGAAGGCUGUUCUCAAAAGGUCCCCAGACACAAGCUGACCAGUCAUAGACAGUUAUGUCCUGAAGUUAACAAUGACUGCUGUUUUAAGAAAUUUGGCUGCUCUGUACAGGGUAAAAGAAGGAAUGCCAAGCUUCAUGAAGACAAAGCUAUCAAUCACCACAUGCUGCUGGUCCUGAGGAGCAAUACCCACCUGGAGCAACAAAUGGAAGUUUUCCAAGAGGAUUCGCUGCUAAUGCAGCAGGAGGUCCAGACAGACACUUUACUACUUACUGGUCUGCAGAAGCAAUUCAGACCACUUUUGCAGCUGAGCAGCAAUCAUGAGCAUGCGGUCUCCAUGGCUCAGAGAACUCUUAGAAGGCAAGAGGAUACCCUAUCUUCUGUCCAGCUGGACCUCCAGCAGGUGUCUCGGGGGCUUCAUCCUCAUCUGGAGGAGCUAGCACAGCUCAGGAAGUCUCUGGAUGUUGCGAUGCAGGAAGUGUCUGAAGUUGAGGCCCUUAGAGAGCAUCUAGGAACCUUGGAGGAGAACUUAAAGCGUCACUCAGGCCUCCUACAUCUUCAUGCUGCUCAACUUAAUCUCAAUAAAAAGCACCUGCAGGAGCUUGAAGCAACAUCCUAUGAUGGGAAGUUGAUCUGGAAAAUUGAAGACUUUGGGAAGAGGAGUGGGGCAGAGGCCAAUGGUCAGCUGUCAUGCCUGACAAGUGUGCCAUUCUACACUGGACGCUGUGGAUACAAGAUGGCCAUUAAAGCCUAUCUGAAUGGGGAUGGGGAGGGAAGAGGUACUCACCUGUCACUUUAUGUAGUCCUCAUGCCUGGAGACUUUGACACUCUUCUGCCAUGGCCUUUCAGACAGACUGUGUCUCUCUCUGUUCUGGACCAAAGUGGUGCCUCUAAUCAUCGGAGUCUCAGCUUCAGACCUGACCCUACCACCAAAAGCUUCCAACAACCCACUCCUGAAUCCCAGACCAAUGUUGCUGUUGGAUUUCCUUGCUUUAUUUCCCACAAUAUGCUGCAAACUCCCCAAAAUGCUCUGUAUGUUAAAGACAACACGCUAUUUGUGAAGGCUAAGGUGGAUAUGACAGGUUUUGAGCAGCUGUAA